CGGGCCCCGUGUCGGAGUGCGCCCCGCCCUGCCGGGCGAGCCCCGGUCCCUCCAUGAGAGCGCUCGGCGGGGUCCGGCUCUCAGCUCGGAGCGCUCUUGCUGUCGCCCCCCCCUCCCCAGCCGGAGCCGCCAUCGCCGCCUAACAUGAGCAAACUGUCGUUCCGGGCCCGGGCGCUGGACGCGUCCAAGCCGCUGCCCGUCUUCCGCUGCGAGGACCUGCCCGACUUGGCCGAAUAUGCCUCCAUUAACCGGGCCGUGCCGCAGAUGCCCACGGGCAUGGAGAAGGAAGAGGAGUCGGAACAUCAUCUCCAGCGGGCUAUCUCAGCACAACAAGUAUAUGGAGAGAAGAGGGAUAACAUGGUUAUACCGGUUCCAGAAGCUGAAAGUAAUAUUGCAUACUAUGAAUCUAUAUAUCCUGGAGAAUUUAAAAUGCCAAAGCAGCUGAUUCACAUACAGCCUUUUAGUUUGGAUGCUGAGCAACCGGAUUAUGACUUGGAUUCAGAAGAUGAGAUCUUUGUGAAUAAGUUGAAGAAAAGAAUGGACAUCUCUCCUUUGCAAUUUGAGGAGAUGAUAGACAGACUAGAAAAGGGCAGCGGUCAGCAGCCAGUCAGCCUGCAAGAGGCCAAGCUGUUGCUGAAGGAAGAUGAUGAAUUGAUCAGAGAAGUGUAUGAGUACUGGAUUAAAAAGAGGAAAAACUGUCGAGGUCCCUCUCUUAUCCCAGCAGUGAAACAAGAGAAGCGAGAUGGUUCCAGCACAAACGACCCUUAUGUUGCUUUUAGAAGACGAACAGAAAAGAUGCAGACACGAAAAAAUCGAAAAAACGAUGAGGCAUCUUAUGAGAAGAUGCUUAAGCUGCGUCGAGAUCUGAGUCGUGCAGUAACCAUCCUGGAGAUGAUAAAGAGGAGGGAAAAAAGCAAGAGAGAGUUGCUGCAUUUAACACUGGAAAUUAUGGAAAAGAGGUAUAAUUUGGGUGACUACAGUGGAGAGAUCAUGUCUGAGGUCAUAGCACAACGGCAGCCAAUUAAACCUACCUAUGCUAUUCCCAUCAUUCCUGUGACUAACAGCAGUCCUUUUAAACACCAAGAAGCUAUGGAACUGAAAGAAUUUAAAGUUAAACAAGAUAAACCUGAUGUUAUUAGACCCAAAAGAAAGUAUGAAAAGAAGCCAAAAGUCUUACCUUCGUCUGCUGCUGCUACUCCUCAACAGACAAGUCCUGCUGCACUGCCAGUCUUUAAUGCUAAAGAUUUGAAUCAGUAUGAUUUUCCUAGCUCGGAUGAAGAACCUCUCUCCCAGGUUUUGUCUGGUUCUUCGGAGGCUGAGGAAGAAAAUGAUCCUGACGGUCCUUUUGCCUUCCGUAGGAAAGCAGGCUGUCAGUACUAUGCUCCUCAUUUAGACCAGCCUGGCAACUGGCCAUGGAGUAGCCCUAAAGAGGGAAGAUUAGGAGAUGUGCGUUACAGAUACUGCUUAACCACCCUCACUGUACCCCAGAGGUGUAUUGGGUUUGCACGAAGACGGGUUGGCCGUGGUGGAAGGGUACUACUAGACAGAGCGCAUUCGGACUACGAUAAUACAUUUCAUCAGCUGGAUUUGGAAAUGUUUUCCUCAUCACAACACUCUUCAAUCAGUCAAUUUGCCAAUACCUCAGAAACAAAUACCUCGGACAAAUCUUUCUCGAAAGACCUCAGUCAGAUACUAGUCAAUAUCAAAUCAUGUAGAUGGCGGCAUUUUAGGCCUCGGACACCAUCCCUACAUGACAGUGACAAUGACGAACUCUCCUGUAGGAAAUUAUACAGGGGUGUAAAUCGAACAGGCACAGCACAACCUGGGACCCAGACAUGCAGUACCUCUAUACAAAGUAAAAGUAGCAGUGGUUCAGCACAUCUUGAAAGUGAAACAUCUUUGGGCCUGGUGCAUCAAAUACUAAAUCACACUGAUGGCUCUAAGUCUCUCCAAUCUUCCGAAUUCACUGCAUUUACAGCCGAACAAUACCAGCAACAUCAACAGCAACUGGCACUAAUGCAGAAACAGCAGCUUGCACAAAUUCAUCAACAGCAAGCAAAUAGUAAUUCCUCUGCCAACACAUCACAGAACCUUGAAACUAACCAACAGGAAAGUGGCUUUCGCCUGAAUCUACAUCAUAGCCAUUCUGUAAAGUGUUUAGAAGGGACACUGCAGGGUUUUGUUUCCAAGACACUGGAUUCUGUUAGUGCUCAAUUUGCUGCUUCAGCUUUGGUUACAUCAGAACAACUGAUGGGAUUCAAAAUGAAGGAUGAUGUGGUGCUUGGAAUUGGGGUGAAUGGCAUUCUUCAAGCCUCAGGAGUGUACAAGGGCUUACACCUCAGUAGUACUACACCUACAGCACUUGUCCAUACAAGUUCAUCAUCAACAGCAGGUUCAGCCUUGUUACAGCCUUCAAAUAUAACGCAGACUUCAAGUUCCCACAGUGCACUGAGUCACCAAGUAACUGCUGCCAACUCUGCAACAACUCAGGUUCUGAUUGGGAACAACAUUCGAUUAACUGUGCCCUCAUCAGUUGCCACUGUAAACUCUAUUACCACACUCAAUGCACGACAUAUACCUAGGACUUUAAGUGCUGUUCCAUCAUCUGCCUUAAAGCUGGCUGCAGCAACAAAUUGUCAGGUGCCCAAGGUUCCAGCUUCAUCCUCUGUGGAUGCAGUACCAAGGGAAAACCAUGAAACGGAGAAGCCAGCACUGAACAAUAUAGCGGACAAUACAGUAGCAAUGGAGGUGACGUAGUUUCCAUAGGAGUGAAACUGCAGCCUUGGGAACUUGUUUAGGUGCUAUGCAUCAGUAGCAUUUUGAAUGCAAGGGAUGAUGGAAUGCCGCACAUUGCGUUUCCAUGGCAGCUGUGGGGACGUGACAGCAAUGCACAUCUCUCAUGCUUUGGUUUUUCUUUUCUUACUGUUAAUAGGAAAGAAUCAACAUCUGUAAAUUAACAAUACAGCAAUUAUCUGUACAGUACUGCAUAUUUGUAAUACCCUUGUAUAUAUGUUACUUGAAUACAAAACUGUUCAUUUGUGAUGCUUUGCACUUGGG